GUUGGAAACAUCCCGUAUAUCUCGGAAGGCAAUUGCGGUAUAUGUCUUUGGUCAUCUGCUUCUUCACUCAACUUAUUCUUCUCAUGUCUCUGUUUCCCUUGCAGCAGUAGUACGAUUUAAAGUACUUUAACACGGCUUAUGCGAAGAAGGAUGUUAGCAGAAGUCGAAAAUCCGGCUUGUCAUCAUGGUUCACUCAGGGAAACUUUGCCAAUACUAUCGUUGCUGCAUUCAUACUCUACGUGAUAUAUGCUAUGUUCUUGCCAAUAGUACCCCAUAGGGACCACGAGCACCUCCGCGAUAUGGUUGGUUUGGACGUAAUUACAAUGGUGGACCAACAUGUUCCGGAGGAGGACACAUCUCCCACAUCUUCUGCAUUCUGUUACUCGCAACCCUACCGGAAUGAGCGCUUUAUGAGGGACACAAGCUUGACGAUUCUCGUGCUAAUACCAAGCACCUCGCAAAUGCAUGAGAGUACAGGUUACGAAGGUACGAGACGAAGGUAGAGCUUUUGAGCAUAUUGUACAUAGUACUCUUUACUCUUUUGAUAUGCUGAUCACCUUUUCAGAUGUGCAGUGUAGUGUUAUUGAAGAUAAUUAAUAUGAAUUAUAGUUUGUAUCUGUUUAUAGAAUAACUAGAGUUUUACUUUUUGUAUCCUUUCUAGGUUACUGCUAUCAAUAUUGUUUUUUGAUGGAUUUGGAAUGCUGGAUUACUGAUUGUUCUCCUCUAUUUCUAAAAUCAUCUAUUGCGCUGAGUCAGUGGCGUACCCAGGAUUUCCGCUUGGGGGGGG